AUGUCUACAAGAAACGAUAAUCUAACUAAAGAUUUGAUAGACGCUUCAAAGUAUGGAGAUAUAGAGAAAGUAAAAAAACUACUUAAAAGUGGUAUAAAUGUUAACAGAAAAAACAGUCUCGGUCGAAACGCGUUACUGUACGCAUCUCAUUUUGGCCAUACAAGUAUUGUAAAGGUAUUGUUAAAACACAAUGCAAGUCUCACUGACGUUGAUAACGACGAUUGUAAUGCUUUGAUUUUUGCUGCACAGAAAGGGCAGACAGAAGUUGUUAAAUAUCUCAUUGAGAAAGGUGCCGAUAUUUAUUGCAUCAACAGAUUUCAUAGAAAUGCUUUAAUGGAAGCCAGUUUUAAUGGUCGAACAGAAACUGUUGGAUUUUUAUUGUCUAAAGAUUUUAAUAUAAAACAGACGGAUAAUGAUGGAGAUAGUGCACUGUUGCUUGCUUGUCAAGCUGGACACCUCAGUACUGUUGAAUUACUUUUACAACAUGAAGCAAGUUUGACUGAAGUGAAUAAAGAUGGAUACAACGCUUUAUUAAAUGCUGCAAGAUGCGGUCACACAGAACUUGUAAAAUUUCUUAUUAAGAAAGGCUCUGAUAUUAAUUGUGUUAAUAAAUCUCAUAGAAAUUCAUUAAUGGAAGCAUGUUUUAAUGGACACGAAGAAACGGUUCGUUUAUUACUUACUCAGAAUGUUAAUAUCAAUCAAAUGAACUGCUAUGGGUAUAAUGCGUUAUUAAUAAUUGCUUGUGAAAAUAAACAAAUCGAAAUAGUUAUGUUACUUUUGCAAUAUCAGGGAAGUCUGAGUGAUGCAACUAAGGAAAGAUUUAACACUUUGAUACAAGCUGCAUUAAAAGGUAACACAGAAAUUGUUACAUUUCUUAUUGAGAACAAUACUACAAGGACGGAUAAUGAAAAAGAAAGCGCGCUGUUGAUUGGGUGUGUAGUUGGACAUCUAAGUAUUGUUGAAUUACUUUUACAACACAGAGCUAGUCUGAUUCAAGUAGAUGGUAAUGGAUUUAACGUUCUGAUCAGAGUUGCAAAAGGCGGUCACACAGAAUUUGUUAAAUUUCUGUUUGAGAAUAGACCUGACAUUAAUUGUAUAACUAUAUUUUAG